AUGACGCGUAUUGAGGCACACUUGAGGCGACGUGCACUGAAUCUGUGUGAGCCUGUCUUGCAACACACUCUUGCUGCCUGCUCGGGGGACACCUCUUUCCCUCUACACAUCACUCCACUGUCAUUUUAUUUCGCCUCUCCCAUCCAAGUUAUCGCCAGUGCUGGAUGGUCAUGGUGUCUAGGCAGUGCAGCAUUAGGCAGUGUUUAUAAAGCAGCCUCAUUGCUUAACUCUUCACAAGGAAACCCCCUGCAAAGACCAGGCCCUCUUAGCUGGCGGCCCCGCGGGCAGGACUCCAGCAGGUGUUUCAGAAUGUCGGAGGAAGUGGAGGUGCUCUCUGGGAAUACCCUUUCAGAAGAUGUCGAGAAGGUGGUGGAGAAGAUUAGCAACACUACAGUGGAAUUCCGUGUGCCAAGGGUCAACUGUCCUGAGCAUAUAAUAUUGGUAGUGGAUGUAUGCCACGAGGUGGGAAACACACCCUACAGACUUGCUGAUGGCUCCAAGUUCUCAGCACUGUACAUGGUGAAGCGGGCACUUACCCUCUUUCUGCAAAACAAACAUGCCAUUGAUGCAAGACAUAAGUUUGCUUUGGUGUUGCUACAUAACAUACCAGUGUGGAUUAGCGACUUCACAAGUGAUCCUCAGAAAAUCAUCUCCGAUUUAGAAUUGGCUGAAGAGAGACCAGCCACCACCCACUGUGACUUGAGCCUCGUGUUUGAACUUAUUGCGCACCAGAUCUCGCUCCCCAAGUGUUCCAAUCCAUCUGUUGUGCCUCCUCCAUAUAUGUAUAGAACCAUUUUGAUUUAUGGAAGGUCACACUGUCUGCCACAAUUUCUGCAUGGAAAGGAGCUCUUCUCUCACCUCAUCCAAAGUCCUCACUUUGUCCUUGAUGUUUUGUACACCCAUGAAUCACCUUCAGACAACAACAAGUGUGAAGGCAUAUUUGACUUGCUGUGCGGCCUCGAUGAGGGAGGCUGGAGCUAUGUAUUGGAGGUUUCCCGCAAUGCUACAAAGCUUCACAACUAUUUUGGCACACUCCUGGCGCAUCCCUUUCAGCGUCCCGUACAGAAGGAUCUCAGUUACACACUGGUUCCAAAGGAUUAACACUUGAGGUACCAUACCCAGCAUCAGAAGCCCCUUCAUUCAGUUUCUGGGAGCUCAGGGCUCUAGGGAUGGGGUUGGCUGGGACACCGUGUGGAGCCAGGGCUGUUCCUUCCUCAGCCAUCUCAUGAGGAUCUUCUUCAGGUGGCAGGUCGGGCUGGAAUCCCACAUCUUUCCGGUAGAAGUUGAUGAAGAUAAAGGCACCCAAGAUGACAAGAGAGAUGAUACCAUACGAGCGGAACACAACAGAAGUCCCUGAAAUGCCACACAAGCAAUUAAAAUUUCUCCACUCAUGAUAAUACUUAUGAACAUGAACAAUGAAAUCAAUUUAUGUAAAUACAGCCAGAGGAUAAUUUUGAUAAGACAUAAGUUUCCUUAUAUUUAUGAUCCAUAAUGGAUAUACUUAACUGAACUACUCUUAAAUGGCCUAUAACUGAUUAGUAGUAAUUUGCAAUUAGGUGAGCUCUUUAAGACUGCAGUCCUUCACUAACCUCCAGUACAUGUUAAAAAAAUCAUCUCUUUUCUGGUAAACUCGAGAACUCUCUGCCUCCUGUAUUUCCUCCUUCCUAUAACUUGAACUCUUUCAAGAGGGAGGUUUCAAGACACUUAUCCUUCAAUUCUGGAUGUUCCUUUGUGACCUAUAAAAUCUUGCCGAAAAAUCAUUUGUAUACCAGGCUAACAUGGUCUUGGCUAUGACCCAAGCAUACUGGCUAAUUGCUCCACUAUUAGAUAAAUUUCAAUAAACAAUUAAUUAACUAAAUCAAUUAAUCAAUAAAACAGAGUGAUAUUUAUUUAAAUAUAUGUAAUGGGAAUCAUCCACUUAAAAGCAAUAAAUACCAAAACAUCC